AUGCCCUUUGAAUCACAUCUCCAACCACUGGAACUCCCAGAGCAAGAUAUUUCCUCAUUCCUUUUCAAUCGCAAAGACCGACCUUUUCCAGAAGACAGAGUCAUCUUCCAGGAUGCAGAUAGCAAUAGCAGCUUCACAUUUGGAGAGCUCAGAGCACUAUCGGCAGAAUUUGCCAAAGGACUACAGUCUCUUUAUGACUUCCGUAAAGGAGAUGUCUUAGGUCUCUUCUCACCUAAUAGCAUAGACACACCGGCAAUCACUCUUGGAGCACUAUGGGCCGGUGUCAUUGUCUCGCCUGCCAACCCUGGUUACACGGUCAAUGAACUGGCGUAUCAGCUAAAGGACUCCGGAGCAAAGGCCAUUGUCACACAGUUAACAACGAUUGACACCGUGCGAAAAGCAUGUGCGAAGGUUGGCCUCCCUGAAGAUCGUAUCCUCUUACUGGGAGAGGCUAGGGACCAGACUGGCAGAUUCAAACAUUGGUCUUCAGUUCGCAAUAUUUCUGGAACAUCCAGAUACAACAAGGCCAACAUAUCCCCAAAGAAGGAUCUGGCAUUUCUGGUGUACUCCUCCGGCACGACCGGCACACCAAAAGGAGUCGAACUAACCCAUUACAACCUGACAUCCAAUAUCUUGCAGCUUAAUGCGGGCGAAUACGGCAAUCUGACCUGGGACGGAAGUGGCACAUCGGGUGAUAUCCCUUUACCAAGAAAGGGAAGUGGCGGAGACAAGAUCCUUGCAUGCCUCCCAUUCUUCCACAUCUACGGUCUGACGACCAGCAUACUCCUACCCAUGUAUUCCGGAGUCAAAAUCAUCGUCUUGCCAAAAUUUGAGAUCGAGAAGUUCUGUCGCCUGAUCCAAGACCAUGGCAUUACCUAUAUCUACGUUGUCCCACCCAUGUGCCUGCUCCUCUCCAAGCACCCCUGCGUGGAAAGGUACGAUCUCAGCUCAAUCCGAAUGACAAACUCCGGAGCUGCGCCUUUGACGCGAGAGCUUGUCGAGGCGGUUUUCCGGCGCACGGGGAUCAAAGUCAAGCAAGCCUACGGACUCAGCGAGGCAAGCCCAACGUGUAUCUCUCAGCCUUGGGCGGAUUGGGCCACAAGCAUUGGUUCUAUCGGGAAAUUAUUCCCGAACAUGCAAGCAAAAUUCUGCGCCAUGCCAGGAAGUGGGGAGGAACAUGAUUCGAGUAGCAAGGCGACGGAAGUCGCUCAAGGCCGGACAGGGGAGCUAUAUCUCAAGGGCCCGAAUAUUUUCCGUGGGUAUCAUAACAAACCGGAAGAGACGAAGGGGUGUCUGGAUGAUGAAGGUUGGUUCAGGACUGGUGAUGUGGGGCAUAUCGAUGAGCACGGCGAUAUCUACAUUACGGAUCGAGUCAAGGAACUCAUCAAGUAUAAGGGAUUUCAGGUAGCUCCAGCAGAGCUGGAAGGACACCUUGUCGAUCACGAUCUGAUCGAUGAUGUUGCGGUGGUAGGUGUUGAGAGUCAAGAGCUGGGGACGGAAGUGCCCAGGGCUUAUGUUGUCCGAAAAGGUGGCAAGAAGGCUGUGGAGGAAGGAGACGGUGAAAGGAUCGUGCAGUGGCUGAACGGUCGAGUUGCGAAUCACAAGAAACUGCGAGGCGGUGUUAGAUUCGUAGACGCAGUCCCGAAGAGUGCAAGUGGGAAGAUCUUGAGAAGGAUUUUGAAGGAGGAGGCGAGGAAGGAGUAUGCCGAGCUGGAGAAGGAGGGCCGAUUGAGAGCGAAGUUGUGA